AUGGCUGCCCAACUUCUGGGCGUCGUCGCAGCGCCCCCUGGGGGCCAGCCCCAGGAGCGGCGCCCGAGGUCUCCUCGGCGCCCGCGGUCCCCCUUUCGCGCGCAGCGCGCCGGCUCCUCGCCCCUCGAGGGUUCCAAACAGUUGGGAGUUGGACCGACUCCAGCUUCCGCUCCGGGAGGCCCUCCUGAGCGGCCUGCCCCCCGGGGCCAUGAAGAAGGCCUUCCGCAAAAGCAGAAAAAGCAGAAAGGCUGUGGUGGGGGAGCAGGGGAAGCCCCAUCCCUCAGCAGCGGGGAGGACUCCUGGGCCCCCAAAACACCACAGUCGCAUGGAUUUGAAACACUUCUGUUUCCUACACACUGCCUGCAUCGAUACACAAAUAAAUGCUGCUGUCUAGGUGAAGGACUAAAACAAAUCUUCUUUUUAUUAGAAAGACAAAUCAGCCUCAAUGUCAAGACGUCUGUACACAACUUGAGCAAAACUCAGCAGACCAAACUCACUGUGGGCAGCCUGGGAUUAGGCCUGAUCAUCAUCCAGCACGGGCCCUACCUCCAAAUCAUCCAUCUCAUCAAGAAGGGGGCUGCAGCCAGGGAUGGAAAACUCCAGCCAGGUGAUGUUCUGAUUAGUGUUGGACAUGCCAAUGUGUUAGGAUAUACUCUUCGAGAAUUUUUAAAGCUUUUGCAACAUAUCACCAUAGGAACAAUGCUACAAAUCAAGGUUUACCGAGAUUUUAUUGACAUACCCCAAGAAUGGCAAGAAAUAUAUGAUUUAAUCCCUGAGACCAAAUUCCCAGUAACACGCACAACAAAGAAAACUGAGCAGGCAAAAGAUGACUCUUUCACAAGCAGUGAUGAAAAUGAAGAUGUAGUUUUAGAUAAAAGAGUUAAGUAUCAUAAAGGUCCACGGUCCACUGGGCAUCACACUGCAAGGAGACCAAUGUCUAUCUCCAGAGAAUGGCAUGGAUAUAAAAAGAAGAACCGUACUAUUAGUGUAGGAAAAGACGUUAACUGUGAUGUGAUGAUUCACAGAGAUCACAAGAAAGAAGUGAGAGCCCCUUCUCCAUACUGGACAAUGGUGAAGCAAGACAAUGAAAGCUCCUCCUCCUCCUCCUCUGCCUCAGACGCAUUUUGGAUGGAAGACUAUGCCCAAGUUGAAAAGAGCAAGGGUCAACCUGUACAAAAGUCGGUUAGGAAGCAGUCUGCAGAUCUGCGAUCACACGAGCAUUUACCUUGAAAAUACCCAAUUUUCGUGCACUGCCAUGUACAGGUUUGCUAUACUUACAGGAAUAUGUACAGACUUACCAAUUCUCUUUCACGACUGUGUU